UCCACGAAAAUUCCAAAGCAAAGAGAUAGAGAUGGAAUUAGUGUAUCUUCUCUUCUCUAUACUUUCCACUUCUUUCACUUCCUUCGUACUCUCUUUUUUCUUCCUUUCUCGCCUUCUGCUCCGCCGAUUAGGUUUCCGAUUAGCCGGAGCCGGAGCCGGGGAAGACUCUGUUUCUCUUUAUGAAGGAACUGUAUGGCACGAACGACGCCGUCCGGUUCACCAUUCAUUCCGGUACCCCGUUCGUUAUGCACUGAUUGACCUUGAUCGUUCGUCUAAUCCGCCGUCUGAUAAUCUCUCAGCUCAUGAAGCGCGACGCAUUUCUGGUACCACUGGUCCCGUUUUCUUGUUGACAAUACCACCCAGUGUGGGAUAUGUGCAAAACCCAUUGAGUUUGUAUUAUUGCUAUGAUACUGAAGGCUCCUUGCAGAAUUUGAAGAAAUGCAUUGCUGAGGUGACUAACACCCCAUGGGGUGAAAGAGUAUCAUUUCUGUUCAACCCAAACUCAGAUGUAGUUGCAAAAUCUCUUCAUGUUAGUCCUUUCAUGGAUAUGCUAGGAAACUGGACCAUGAAAACAAAUACACCUGGGGAUAAUCUAUUUGUAACAAUUUCAGUAAAUCAUCCAAAAUAUGGUGAAUAUUUCUCAGCUUCAUUGAUGGCCAAAAGAGUAUCAUCCUCCAUGAAUACUGAUCUAGAUUUGUUCUUCUGGCUAAUGCCACACAAGGUUGCAUUAUGGAUUUAUUGGCAGGCUCUCAAGCUUUGGUGGAAGGGUGUUCCUUUCUUGCAACAUCCAAGGUACUACAAUCCUAGAUACAGAGGAGAAGCCAUACUAUCUGAUGAGAAGCUUCAAUGUUGUCCGGCGUUUGUAUUUGACACACAGAACAAUCAACAGUCUGGAGAACACUGUUCCAGUCCUGCAGCUCACUCAACUUCAAGACAUCAUGGCUUCACUUGGAGGGAUGCCAAAUGGCCCUGGUGCUAAAAGGAAUACAAAGUUUCUAAGAUUCUAUAAUUUAUAACAUUAAGAUCUUUCUCUUUCGUCAGGGCAAAUCAAUUUCAAUUUUGUAUGUUCCAGUAGUUUCUUGAAGUUUCGAUUUGCAUUGCGAAGUUAAUAUGCUUUUCUAUGUUAAAUUAUUUUCAUAAAUAAAUGGCCUUCUUGACAAGGAAAUUAAGAAAGAAAGUCUGGAUUAGUGUUUACGUCAAUGUUCAAACAAUUUAGAUUUUCAAUUUUUAUGAUAACCUACCAAAGUCAAGCUAGUA